AUGAGGUUUACAAGUAUUGGGAAGAAAAUUAUUGCAAUAAACAGCUUAGCCUUUGGUUUUGGUGCACUCGAAAACUACUUAUAUUAUGACUUUCUCCCCAGCCUAAUCAAACAAAACUUCAAAAGCACAACCCUCCUUGACAAACCUGAGUACGCUGACCAAGUUCUGAUUGUUUUAGACGACCAUAAGUUUGUAUUUAAUCACAGAGGAGGCUCACAAGCUGCAGAAAGUGUCAUAAUCGACACUUUUACCAACAAUAAAAUGAUGCGAAGAGCCAUUGCAUUGCAAUGGAUCUGCACAGUGACUUGUUCAAUAGGAUUUUUAAAGCAUAGGAAAAGAUUUGGCCUCUUUGCUGGGGCAAGUAUUCUGGGGUGUGGACUGUUUUUGUGCCCAAUUCUGAUGAGCGGGUUUAGGCUUUAUUUUUUGAGCGAAUUGGUUAGUGAGAAUAAUGAAGAAGUCUGAGAAAAUUUAAAUGAGGCGAGAUUUGCACAAAGAAUGGAGGAGUUUACGAGCCUUUGAUUUUUGGGGCCAAGAUUUGCUGGGCUAGGGUUAUACUGUGGUAAACUGAUUUUUAUUAAUAAAAUUUUAAUUCAAAAAAGCACUAUAGCAUCAUAAGCAUUCAAUUCAGCCCAGCAUAGUCGCAAUUUCUACAGCCUAUUUCACCCCAUUUCUCGGCUUCCUCCUCGGCAUGCUCACCCUCGCUACAAACAUCCACAUGAAGAACUUUUAA